UCGUAUUUUCCAAGUUCAAUGAAUCAUCGAGCUCGUACAUUUGUAACGGCUCACAGUGCGACACAUCACAACUGCGAAAUAGCUUUCUCCAGGUCCAUUAUAUUACCAAGUUUGGACCUUGCACGUCCUACCUCAUCUGAGGCUAUAGUUUAGAACAUUCGAAAUACCGAUGAUUAACCAUAGUUGCUUCAAAACCCUUCUUGUGGUAACAAAUUUGUUUCGGUGUAAGAAGUACGCAGUAUACAGCUCAUCUAGCGCUAGUAGUAUUUGUUUAAUGUAUCGCUAUCAGUUCCAAAUGUGUAUGAACAUUACGAUUCAAACAUCAAAAUAUUAGGCAAAGUGGAAAGUGUAGAUAAGUUUGUACAAAAAUUUUUGGUGACUACAGUGCACUUCGUGCUGUUUUAGACUGUAACCUGCUUAUAUCCAUAACUAUAUGUGAUACAAAUGGAGUCAACAAUCUUCAUUUUGCUGCUCUAGAAGAAGACUACAGUUGAAAGCUGGAUGUUUGCAAAUAAAAAUUAAAUAUCACUGGAUGUUACUUGGAGGAAUAAGAGACAACGUAUCUCGAUCAACUUAAAAAAACGGAGUUGUUGUGUCACGUGAAGAAUAGCAACUUUCUUCUAUGUAAAAAAAAAUUUUGUUUAAAAGUUUACCACCUAAACGCAACAAUCACUGGGUUGGUAUUACCAUAGCAUUUUCUGAAGUCUUGAUCAACACUUGCUGGAAAUAUUUGGAAAUAACAUCUGCAAUGGAGGUUGAUACGAAGAAACAUGAACGACGCUGUGUAAGUGAAAAGCCGCCUUCAAGUCCAAAGGAAUUUGCAUGUAAAAUCUGCGGUGUAAGUUUUGCUUACAAAUCUUCCCUCAAAUCACACAAUUGUAUUCCUAUUCAAGAAAAGCCAUAUAAAUGUGAAAUUUGUGGCAAAUCUUAUGGUGACUUAUCUGUUUUGAAAAGGCACGGUAUUGUCCACACAGGUAAAAAACCAUAUGAAUGUAAAAUCUGCAACAAAUCUUAUACUCACUUAAGAAGUCUGAAUAAGCACACACAUAACCAUUCAGGAAAAAAACCAUAUAAAUGUGAAAUCUGUGGCAACGCGUUUGUUAGAAUAAGUGAUCUAAAAGUACAUUCUCGCAAUCAUGAUACCGAAAAACCACAUAAAUGUAACGUCUGCGGAAAAUCUUUCAUUAGUAAUUAUCUUUUGCAAAGGCAUAAUCGUGUACAUACAGGCGAGCGACCCUUUAAAUGCAACGACUGUGGUAAGUCUUGUUCUACCAAACAUCAGUUAAUAAUCCACAUUCGUGUUCAUACAGGUGAUAAGCCAUACAAAUGUAAAAUGUGUGGCAAAUCUUUUGUUGGAUCAACUCAUCUAAAAACACACGCCCGUACUCAUACAGGCGAAAAACCACAUAAAUGUAAAAUUUGCGACAAAUCUUUUUAUCAAUCGAAUCAUUUAAAAAUACACGCUUUUAUUCAUACAGGCGAAAAACCACAUAAAUGUGAAAUCUGCAACAAAUCUUACAUUCAACUAAGUAGUCUAAAAACACACGCUCAUACCCACACUGGCGAAAAGCCGUAUAGAUGUCAAAUCUGUGACAAAUCUUUUGUUAAAAAAAGACAUCUAAAAGUACACUCUCUCAAUCAUGAUACCGAAAAACCACAUAAAUGUAACGUCUGCGGAAAAUCUUUCAUUAGUCAUUAUCUUUUGCAAAGGCAUAAUCGUGUACAUACAGGCGAGCGACCCUUUAAAUGCAACGAUUGUGGUAAGUCUUUUGCUAGCAAAGAUUAUUUAAUAGCCCACAUUCGUGUUCAUACAGGUGAUAAGCCAUACAAAUGUAAAAUCUGCGGCAAAUCGUAUUCUCGAAUAGUUAAUCUAAAAAUGCAUACUCGUAUUCAUACAAACUGAUAAAUCUGAUAUACUUAUUUAAGAUUUUGGAAUCAACUUAAUGGAUGUAAUUAACGAUGAAUAUUCCGCUUUCUCAUCAUAUUUAUUAAAUGAUCUGCAUUGAAAGUGUA